AUGUCAAAUCACACUGCCACAACUAUCACCGUCGAUCGGCCUGACUCAUCAAGCAAAGUCGGUUUAGCAGUAGGGAUUAUCGUUGCAUUUUUAAUAAUUGGAUCAAUCUUUAUUUAUUUUAUCUGGUUUAAACGAAGGAAACGUUCAUCAGAAUCGAAAAUACCUCGUCCGUUGCCUGCUGUUAAGCUGCCUACAACUACCGCUAUCCAUAAACCUGUACUCAAAGUAGAUACUACUCCAAAAUUAGCUCCAAGCAAAGCACCAACACCACCCGUAGAUAUACGCUUACCACCGAUCAGUAGUUACUCUCCCGCACCACGUGUUCUCUUCCACAAACCUCCUUCGUCAAUUCGUUAUCCAUGUCGGUUGACGAUAAGUGAUGAAUACGUAAAAAGUCUGACUCAAUUGAGACCGUAUUUGAAUACACGUUAUAAGGGAGGAUAUUGUUAUUGCACAAAACAUUAUCCGAAUGAUAGAUCUGACACAGAUCUCAAAGCAGGUUCAACGUAUGCUGUACCUCGAGGAUGGACAGCCUAUCUAAUCAAUGUAGAUCCGGUUUUUGCUAAAGUUAAAAACAUUUGGGCUGAAUGGUACACAUGUUAUUAUGGAACAACAGUUAAUAAACUCCAAAUGAUUUUGAGAAAUCGUUUUAUCCCCUUUCACGGUGAUAUGUUGCUCGGCGGCGAACUCUUCACAACACAUUUGGAUGAUAAGGAACACUGUCACACAUCUCCUUCGAUUAAAUAUGCUAGUGAUCAGUAUUUCAGUCCACGAACGAUAUUUACUACAAGCGACAAUCACGUUUACUACAUACAGGUGGUUCUUCAAUGUAAACAAGCUCCUGAUUCAGUGAUACCAGGAUAUAAAUACAUAAACAACGAUGUUAUUCCAAAUAAUCAUGUCGAAUGGAAGUCUGCAGCUCGCAGUAGUGUCCUUCCACAUAAACUUCUCAUUCGUGUUCUAGAAAGAGAUACGGAAAAGUAUUGA